CGUAAGUGAUGCGGGCGGGGGCGGCGGCGGCGCAGGAUGGCGGGCGGCCGCCGCGGGCUCUGCCUGUGCCUGGCCCUGCUGCUGGCGGCCCUGGCGGCGCCCGGCCGGGCCCUGCAGAAUGUCACCGCGCAGCUCUUCGGGGGGGAGGCCUACGGGACCCUGGCGGCUUUCGGAGACUUCAACUCGGACAAGCAGACGGACCUGUUCGUGCUGCGCGGCGGAAAUGAGUUGAUAAUCUUUCUGGCUGACCAAAAGGAGCCCUACUUUAAGCCCCGUGUUAAGUUACCAAUGAAAUCUCUCGGUGUUACCAUAACCAGUGUAGUUCCUGGGGAUUACGAUGGUGAUUCACAAAUGGAUGUCCUCCUGACUACCCGGGCACAAAAUCAUGGCAGAGAUGAACUUUCAGUGUUUAUUUUCUGGGGGCACAACCAAACAUUGGAUCUUAACCAUAAAACUAUGUUAAAUAAGACUUUUCAUGAUGAACCUCUAGUAAUGGACUUUAAUGGAGACUUGAUUCCUGACGUCUUUGGUGUCACAAGUGACUCAAGUAAGCCCCAGAUAUUGAUAGGCGGGAACUUAUCAUGGCAUGCUGCACUGGAUACUCCAAGUAAAAUGUAUAUACCACACUCCCAUGCCUUUAUAGAUUUAAAUAAUGACUUCACUGCUGAUUUGUUCCUUACUACAUCACCAGAUUCACAAAACAUUGAGUUUGAGACAUGGGUAAAUAAGGAUGGGAACUUCUCUAAAGCUGGAAAAACUAAGAAAAUGCCCAGUGGUGUGAAAGUUGUUGGACAGUCCGUGUUUGCAGAUUUUGAUGGGGAUGGACAAAGCGAACAUUUAUUACCAGUCUGUGAAGAUGCAACGUGUCAAAAAAGUGCCAUCUACUUAACUAAGCUAGGAUUGGAUCAGUGGAUUCCAAUCUUGCAAGACUUCAGAAAUAAAGACACCCUGUGGGGCUUUGUACCAUAUCAAAAUGACAAAUCUUCAACGGAAAUUUCAUUCCCAAUUACACUUCAUAUUGGAGAUUACAACAUGGAUGGCUACCCAGAUGCUCUUGCUAUACUAAAGAACACAUCUGGAAGCAACCAACAGGCGUUUUUACUAGAAAAUGUCCCCUGCAAUAAUGUGAGCUGCAAGAGUGUGCGUCGCAUGUUUAAGGUUUUUUGGGAGCUCUCCGAUCUAAACCAAAUCAAGGAUGCAGUGGUAGCAACCUUCUUUGACAUAUACGAAGACGGAAUCUUGGACAUCAUCGUGCUAAGCAAAGGCUACUCCAACAAGGACUUUGCUAUCCAUACAUUAAAAAAUAACUUUGAAGCAGAUGCCUAUUUUGUUAAAGUGAUUGUUCUCAGUGGCCUCUGUUCUAAUGACUGUCCUCGGAAAAUAACACCUUUUGGUGUUAAUCAGCCUGGUCCUUACAUCAUGUACACUACUGUAGAUGCAAAUGGAUACCUGAAAAAUGGGUCAGCUGGACAGCUUAGCCAGUCAGCACACUUUGCUCUCCAGUUGCCAUACAAUGUGCUAGGCUUGGGCCGUAGCGCUAAUUUCCUCGACCAUUUGUAUGUUGGCAUUCCUCGUCCUUUAGGAGAAAAGUCCGUAAGGAAACAAGAAUGGACAGCCAUCAUACCAAACUCCCAGCUUAUAGUCAUCCCCUAUCCUCAUAAUGUUCCUCGAAGCUGGAGUGCCAAGCUGUAUCUGACCCCAAGUAACAUUGUGCUGCUAACAGCUAUAGCCUUAAUUGGUGUCUGCGUUUUCAUCCUGGCAAUAAUUGGCAUAUUACACUGGCAAGAAAAGAAAGCAGAUGACAGAGAGAAGCGACAGGAGGCUCAUCGGUUCCAUUUUGAUGCUAUGUGACAUGCCUUAAUAUUUAUGAAGGAGCUACUACUCAUUUGCUGAAUUGAAAUACUAAAUUCUGAUUUGUAAAAUUAUUACCGUGAAAAUACUGCUGGUGUGCUAUUUGUAAAUGUUGCAUUAUUUGGUAUUUAUUUGGAAAAUAUUAAAAGGAGACCUGAAUGUCUCACAAGGCCUUUCAGU